AUGACGCCAGAUUACGGGUUGUGUGCAGGACACAUAUUCGCGAGCAUGAUUCAGCAUCAACGGGGCUGUACCAACAUUUCUUUAUAUCCGGGAGCUUCAAUUACAUUUCUCCCCCAACUUACAGGCACAAUGGAAACGGAAUCAGGUAGUUCCAUCAAGAAGAUUUUGCAUCGUUUAAGCGGACAGCCGGCUCUGUACAAUCUCAAGGCCAACUACACCUUUGGACGAACACUAGGUGCUGGCUCUUUUGGUAUCGUCAGAUAUGCGCGCAACAAUGUCACUGGCGAAGAUGUUGCGGUUAAAAUCAUCUUGAAAAAGGCAUUGAAAGGGAACGAAGAGUUUGUUAUCGAAGAGCUCAAGCUUCUCCAAGAACUUCACCAUCCUCACAUUGUGGGAUUCCGCCAAUGGUUUGAGUCUCGCGAUAAGUUUUACAUUGUGACGCAGCUUGCUACCGGCGGCGAAUUAUUUGACCGAAUUGUGCAAAAGGGCCGUUUCACCGAACACGAUGCGCUGCUUGUCAUUUUGCAAAUUCUCGAGGCAAUUGUUUACCUUCACUCGAAGGACAUUGUGCACCGUGACAUCAAGCCAGAAAAUGUGCUUUAUCUCAGUCCCGCAGAAGACUCCAAUGUGGUGUUGGCAGACUUUGGUAUUGCGAAAAAACUUGAAGGUCCGGACGAAAAGCUUCUUACCAGCGCAGGCUCCUUUGGUUAUGCGGCGCCCGAAGUUAUUAUGGCCACAGGCCAUGGCAAACCGUGCGAUAUCUGGUCGUUGGGUGUCGUGACAUAUACUAUUUUGUGUGGCUACUCGCCGUUCCGGUCGGAGAAUGUCCAGGAUUUUAUUGCUGAAGUUCGCCAUAACAAUGCGGUUAUCUUCCAUGCGGAUUACUGGCGAGACGUUUCAAAAGAUGCUAGACGUUUCAUCAUCAAGGCGUUGCAAUUCAAUCCAGAGAAGCGUGCGACAGCACAGGAGCUUUUGGAUGAUGUCUGGCUUGUGAGCGUCGCCCAUGAGCACGGUAAGGCAGACUUGCUUCCACAAUUGAAGGAGAAUUUCAGUGGAAAGGCCAAGUUCCGCCAGGCCAUUGAGAUGGUCAAGUUGGCCAACAAGAUCAACAAGCUUAAGAGCAUUCAAACCGACGAUGACGACGACCCAAGUGAGAUCAACUUGUUUGGUGACGAAGGACUUAUUCCGCUGUCGCACUUGGCACUCUCGCCAGAAGAGAUGGGCCCCAACACCGAAACCGAGAACAAGUACAAUGUGGCCAAAAACUCUCUCUCUUCAUGGAAGAAGGUGGACAAACUGUUGGACGAGAUUUGCGCUAACGAUGGGUCGAUGUCACUGUUGUACCCUAGCAAGAAGAAGGAAACGGUAGCUAGUGCUUUUCACCAGUUGGUGCACACGGCAAAGCAGAACAGAGAACGUGUGCAAACAUUUGAUGACGGAAGUUCCAGCAGCGCUUCGGAAGAGACAACGAAGCAGACCGACCAAUAA